UUAUAGGCUGGUUAUCCAAUGACAGAUGGACAAUGCAAGGAUGAACUCCUUCCUAGACUAUUCUAUUAUUAGCGGAGAAACUGGGACUUGUUCUUCCAGAAGUUACCAUGCAGAUCAAGGAAUUACAACUUAUCAGUCUUGUGCCGUGGGCAAUAAUAACAGCAACGUUGAUGACCGCUAUAUCGUGAGCAGAGGUGUUCAGAUAGGUGCUCCUCUUCAUCACCAUCACCAUCAACAUGCUAGUUACACACAUAACAACCUGAGCAUCCCCUACAGUGCCCACCCUAAUUGUGGGACGGGAUACCCAGCACAAAGCUUCAAUACAGGCUACAGUCAUCACUACUCACUAAAUCAAGAGACUGAUGGCAACGGAGGUUAUCCUCAGUGUAAUCCUGCUGUCUAUCCUGGCAACCUUGCCUCAGCAAUUAGCCCACAGCACCAUAGCUAUGGCGGGAUGGUGAGACCAGGCCAAUAUAACCAUCACCCUUACAGGCAAGAGCAACAGGGUUUAGUGCUGGCUGCAGGCUGUCACCCUCUGUCACCCGCUCCUGGCAGUCACCAGGAAUCUUGCUGCUCCCCGUCAGCUGAGACCUCUCCUCCAGCACAGACCUUUGAGUGGAUGAAAGUGAAGAGGAAUCCGCCAAAGACAGGAAAGGCUGGAGAGUAUGGUUUUGCCGGCCAGCCCAAUACAGUGAGAACCAAUUUCACCACCAAGCAACUGACAGAGCUAGAGAAGGAGUUCCACUUCAAUAAGUACCUGACCCGGGCCAGGCGGGUGGAAAUUGCUGCUGCUCUCCAGCUGAACGAAACCCAGGUGAAAAUCUGGUUCCAGAAUCGACGCAUGAAGCAGAAAAAGCGGGAAAAGGAGGGUCUUACCUCAGCUUCGCCUGCCACGCCUGGGAGUGAAGCUAAUACAGAAGACACCUCAGACAAAUCCAGUUCUACCUCAUCGACCCCCUCCCCUGCAUCAUCUACCUCAGAAACCCUUAAUACCUCGGGAUGAAACAAUGCAACACAAACCCAAACUGGAACCAUGCAUCUCCAGUUAAAAAAGAACACACAAUGUAAUUCUGUAUGAUUUUCUGGGAAGCAAACCAAAAAUAAAAACAUUGUAACUUGGAAAUAAAAAUCUGCCAAUCUCUAAACGAACCAGAGAUGCACUAUUACAAAAGCGUUUACACUAAAAACCAACUACUGUAUAAUAUAAUUGUCCUAUUUUAAUUUAACGUGUUGCAUAUAUAUUGUAAGCUGCGCUGGUUGUAUAUAUUGUCAAGAGUUUUAUCUUUUUACGAAUAUUUUCUAAAAAUGAUGCUGAGAGCCAGGGUCACGUGGCCCUUAUAUGUAGGUGUAGAGAUUUUAUAUAACAAUGUAAUCAAUGAAUUGGUGUGGAAGUGGUGCAUUUCUUGUUCAUGCUGAAAGUGGAGCUGAGCAAAUAGAGUUGUUCUCCUCACACUGUGAAAGGUUAGAUGUACAGGAAUUACUGUACACUUCAUUGCACUGGGCUAUGUAAAAUGUGAAAGGUGAAAGGUGAAAGGUGUUAAGUAUGUUCCCCUUCCAAAUGUACGUUGGUUAUCUUAAGACCAGCGGUAGCACAUUGUUAAAAUACCUCAGAAUUAUAAUGUUUACUCGGAUAUUUGUUGGGCUUAAUGUUAUGAGCUACCUGUUAAAGUAAGUAAAUUAAGAAUGUAAGCCAGACAGAAGUUUCUUUUUCUGUGGUUUGUGUCUAGAAUUUUGCAUGAUACAAUGCUGUCAGUGUUUACUUCUACAUUACUGAGUUUUAUCAGUUCUUCUGUGUGACUAGAUGUUAUAUACAAUCAGCACGUGAUUUGAGACAGUUCUAAGAUUUUCUGUGACUGAAGUCUAGAACAGAAUUUACGGGUCCAGAUAAUAAAUUAUAUUAAAAUGCUGCGUUUCCUUGUUAUAAUCUACUAUGUAACUUUGUUGUUCUCGUUUCAUGAACUUCUUAUUACCAUUAUUU